GAUCAUUUAUCAGUUAAAAUAACACUUUGACAGUAGCCAAAAUGGGAUCCAACCUCGUCGAGCUCGCAGACCGUCUCCUAAAGAAUGGCGCUCACAAAGUUCUCCCCACGCCUCGCCGAGUUCGCGUCGUCUUCAACCAAACUACCAUCGUAGAUACUACCCGAGCGGUCUGGGUUUGGGAACACGAAUGGUACCCUCAAUUUUACAUCCCCUCCUCCGAAAUCAAGGACAGCACUCUCAGCGAUAGCCAAUCUAUCGAGAGCGAAGGCACUGCGAAGACCGCAGCCAUUGUCAAACUCACAGUUCCGGCAAAAGUGGGCGUUCCAGAGAAGACCACAGACCGAGUACUGAGGUUUGACAAUGACCCUAGUUUGGGAGACUUGGCAGGACUUGUGAGACUAGAGUUCGGUGCGAUGGACACAUGGCUUGAAGAAGAUGUCCGUAUUAUCGGCCACCCUAAGGACCCUUUCAAGCGCCUCGACUUCCUCCACUCCACUCGUCCUUUCGAAGUCCGCAUCGAUGGCAAAACGGUUGCCAAAUCCCCCUACGCCAUUCACCUUCACGAGACUGGCCUCAAAGUUCGCUAUUAUGUCCCCCUUGCUUCUAUUGAUCCAUCUCUCCUUCGCCCUAGCACUACUACAUCAAUCUGCCCUUAUAAGGGCAUUGCAGAAUACUACAAUAUCGUCCUAGAUGGAAAAGAGUAUAAGGAUAUUGUCUGGUAUUAUAACUUUCCGAUUCAGGAGAGCAUUGCCAUUGCAGGCUUGAUCUCCUUUUAUAAUGAGAAGGUGGAAAUUUUGUUGGAUGGAAAGGCAGUAUAG